AUGUCUCCCGCCACAGCCCCCACCAUUUCCUUCAUCGGUGCCAUUGACCAGGGCACCACCAGCACGCGCUUCAUCAUCUUCAACCAGAAGGGUGAGAUUGUCGCGCAGCACCAGAUCGAGUUUGAGCAGAUCUACCCCCAGCCUGGGUGGCACGAGCACAACCCCGACGAGCUCGUCUCGUCUGUCGAGGAGUGCAUUGACGGCGCAGUCGCCCAGUUUGAGAAGCAGGGCCACUCCAAGAGUCAGAUCAAGGCUGUCGGCAUCACCAACCAGCGCGAGACCACCGUCGUCUGGGACAAGAACACUGGCAACGCCCUCUACAAUGCCAUUGUCUGGACCGACACGCGCAGCCAGGACCUCGUCCGUCGCCUCAAGCAGCGCCUGGGCGCCAGCGAGCUCACCUCGCGCUGCGGCCUGCCCCUCUCCACAUACCCCUCCGUCAGCAAGCUGCUGUGGAUGCUCGAUAACGUCAAGGCUGUCAAGGAGGCCUACGAGAACGGCACCCUGGCCUUUGGCACCGUCGACACCUGGCUGACCUUUAAGCUGAACGGCGGCACCACCAAGAACGUCUACGUGUCGGACCCCUCCAACGCCUCGCGCACCAUGUUCAUGAACCUCGAGAAGCUCGAGUACGACAAUGAGCUGAUUGACUGGUUCCGCCUCGACCGCAACAAGAUCAAGCUGGCCAAGAUUGUCCGCUCGUCGGACAAGACCGCCUACGGCUCGCUCGCCAACACAAGCCUCCAGGGAACCAAGAUCAUGGGCUGCCUGGGCGACCAGUCCGCCGCCCUCGUCGGCCAGAAGGGCUUCACCCCCGGCCGCGCCAAGAACACCUACGGCACCGGCUGCUUCCUCCUCUACAACGUGGGUGACAAGCCCGUCUACUCGUCGCACGGUCUCAUGUCCACCGUGGCCUUUGACUUUGGCCCCGGCAAGUGCAUGUACGCCCUCGAGGGUAGCAUCGCCGUCGGCGGCUCCAGUGUCAAGUUCCUCGUCAACAACUUUGGCUUCAUCGAGAACUCGACCAAGCUCAGCGCCCUCGCCGAGACGGUCGAGGACAACGGUGGCGUCACCUUUGUCACUGCCUUCAGCGGUCUCUUUGCGCCCUACUGGAUCGACGACGCCCGUGGCACCAUCUUUGGCAUCACCGCCUACACCCAGCGCGGCCACAUUGCGCGCGCCACCCUCGAGGCGACCUGCUUCCAGACAAAGGCCAUCCUCGACUCCAUGGGCAAGGACUCGGGUAAGGAUCUCGAGGAGCUCGCCGUCGACGGCGGCAUGUGCAACUCGGACCUCGUCAUGCAGACCCAGUCCGACCUGAUCGGCAUCCCCGUCAACCGUCCCGCCAUGCGCGAGACCACCGCCCUGGGUGCCGCCAUCGCCGCUGGCUUCGCUGCCGGCGUCUGGUCCACCUUUGAGGAGCUCCAGGAGGUCAACCUCGAGGGCAGCACUUUCUUCAAGCCCCAGAUCACCGUCGAGGCCGCCGACAAGCGCUUCGAGCGCUGGGAAAAGGCCGUCCAGAUGAGCAAGGGCUGGGCCAACUAA